AUGCGCUAUCAAACAAAUCUUAUGAGUCAAGAAUUGGGGGCAUAAUGAAUAAAAUUGUCCUCAAUAUUCGGCCCAUAUUUAAUCCGUAAAAUUGUUGUUAUUCGUUGAAAACAAAUGUACAAGUUAAAAAUAGUGUCUUUUACCGUCACAUCUAAUCUCGCAUUUAAUGUACAGUUAUAGUACCAUGGAUCCAGAAACCGUCCAAUACAUUACUCUGAGCGGCCCGAUCCUGCCUGCAGUCGCAGUCGUGAUUACAGAGGAGCAGCGCGCGUACAACCCAGUUCUGGACCGUGAUGCCCGAGAACUGGGGUUGGACGUAAUGCUGCUCAAGGCUGGCCUGGAUAACUACAACUCGAUCAUCAUCAACGACCAUGGCAUUACCAGCCCAAGGGAAUUUAGCGAGCUGCAAGGGACAGAUGUCAAAUUGUUCUGUCGUGUCGCCCGUGACAGGGUUCUGUUCCGCAAGCUUCUUUUGAAUUUGAAAACGCUUUUUAAUGAGUCUGCCGAAGCGGAAGAAGGUUCAUCAGCCGUGGAGAUGUUGACUGCAAAUUCCAAAAAGUUCAAGGACUUUUUGGGAUAUUUGAACAGCCGGUCUGAUGGGAAAGCCAUUAUGAAGUAUUACGAAGACAAUGCAACGCUGACCAACACUUUGCGUAACGAGUUGGCGAAGAUGAUUGUAAUGGACGCAGCGGUGGAGGGACUGGAGAUCAAUGGAAAAUUUUACGAUCUGAUGAGUAAAAAAAUUGCUGCAACUUUCGUAACCGAGAGCCCGGAAAUUUACUACAAACCUGGCUACACGACACCUGAGGGCGGCAGGAUCGGACCUAGCGGAAAGUUGGUUAAAAGGAAGGGAACUGUGCUCCAAUCAUUGGGCUUGAAAAAACCGAAAGAAAAGAAGACCGAUACUGUGCCUACAUCAACGGUCAUCCAUGGCGAAGAGCAAUUGAGUGCCCGAGACUGGCUAGUAUAUGGACGAUCGCCAAUAGAAAUGGUACGAACAAACUGGGAAGCGUGUUUCGAGCUACGUCAGGAGGAUAUCAAGAAAGCGAAAGACCUGUCAGAAUUAUUCCAGCUUUAUCCGAUCUUGGCGGACCCAAAAGCGGGAUUUCUUAUCGAGCUGGACUUCGAAAGGCUGUACCCAGGAGCAACGAGUUCCUUCUACAGUCGAUUCCCAUUAUUGCACAAUAAGCUGGAUAAGUUAAUCUCUUCUGCGGUGACAAAGGACAAAGCAUUCCAACCACUUUACGAUGCAUACAGUCACACAUCGGAUGGAAACAAAAAGGACUAUCUACUUUGCUUGUUGCUGCCAUUAAUUGUCCAGACAAAUUACCGGAUUAAGGGUAGUUGGAAGCCGUCCGUGAGAGAAACACAGGAGAGUUUCAUUCUGGAAGUAGAGGUAAGUUACAAAAUUACAAUAAUUCGACAAAUUUUGAAGAAUGAGCAACAAAAAAGUGAAUCGCUAUAAAACAUAAAAUAGAAGAGGUUUUUUACUAAACAAUAAUUAAGGAUGACUGCGUGGACAUACAAAAGUUCACAGUAUUAGGGUAUUUUAACCAAUAGUGGACCCCUUUCCUGUUGUUUUCCUUAUUUUUCUAGCUCAAACGCAUUCUCACCGGUGAACUUCAACCGGGAGACAUUCCUAGACACCACUUCCAUGUGGAAGCACUACGCUGGAAAGCAAUAAAUCAAAUAUUUUAACAAAUAUGCAAAUGUGAACACCCUGUCACCCAAUUAGGGUUACCUUAGCAUCAAAUCAUAGCUACAAUAUGGUCUGACAAUAACUUACCGUCAAACGGGCUGACUUGCAACACUCGCUAUCUUUUUAUUAUUUUUAUCAAAAACCCAUAAAAAUCGGUAUUUUUCGCACCCGUGAAUCACUUGGUAUAUGAUCUUAGCAGUCAUCACUAUUUAUGCUUGUAUUCAAAUGAUUUCGUUGAAAAAUCAAAAAAUCAAAUCGAUCCGGUCUAGGGUGUUUUCGGGUGGGAAACAUUUUCGACUUCCUGGGCAUACUGUAUCAUUGUGCUUGCUCACAAUAUAUAGUUUCAUGCGAUGGUAGGCAAAGAAAGUUCUUCAAUUAAUAACUGUGAAAGUGCUCAAAAAGAACACUAAGUUGAAGUGGCAGUCAAAGUUCCAGUGGGAACGUUUGAGCCAGAAAGAAGAAGAUGUCGUUUCCUUAUCCAAUAUGCUGUAUAAAUUUGCAUUUGAAUUUA